AUGACGGGGCUUCCAUUGGGCCUAUUUAAGCGAAGCUUAUUCGCUUGGUCAUGUCAAGGUUACAAGGCAAACCGAAAUCUGGAUCUCUCGUUAGUAAUGACCAGAACCAAUUCAUUCAACAUUAAGGCAGAAAACAUGCAUUUAGAAGAUGCUGAGAUAGGAGAUCUACCGCUGAGCAUUAAGGACGAAGCAGAAGAUGAUGGAUACUUGGAUUUCACUCAUCAAGAAGAGCAAAAGAUGGUUCGCAAGGUAGAUGCGUAUCUUUUGACCACCAUUUUUGCAAUGUAUCUCCUGUCUUACAUGGAUCGCACUAAUAUCGCCAAUGCAAAAGUUGCAGGCCUGAUGGAAGAUCUAAAGAUGGAUUCUGGAAAUUACUCAAUAUCAUUGAUUGUGUUCUUUGUUUUCUAUGUCAUUUUCGAAGUGCCAGCAAACCUGAUCAUGGUUAAGGUAGGGCCUAUCAAGUUUGUUCCCACAAUCAUGGUUAUCUGGGGGGUCUUAACGUGCUGUUUUAGUGCUGUAAAAACAUACGGACAAUUGGUUGCCCUCAGAUGUUUAGUUGGUAUUUUUGAGGCCGGAUUUGCUCCAUCGAUCCUUUUAAUUCUUUCCUCUUGGUACAAAAAGGAGGAGCAAUCCAAGAGAUUUGCUAUUUAUAUCUCAGCUGCUAUCCUAAGCGGUGCAUUUGGAGGUAUUAUUGCCGGGGUCAUCACAGAUCAUCUCGAGAAUGUUAGAGGUAUUGCCGGUUGGAGAUGGCUCUUUAUUAUCGAGGGUGCGGGAACGAUCUUUGUUGCUUUAGUAGCAUUCGUUACUUUACUUCCCUUUCCACAUGAUAUGAAACCUUCCAAAGGAUUCACCCAACGAGAUAUAGAUAUUGCAGUUGCUCGAUUGAAGAUGAACAACGUUGAUAAUUCGGCAGGUUCCGACAUUUCUGCUUCAAGAGCAGUUUGGCUGAAUUUUAUGAGUUUGAGGUUCAACCUGCUUGUCUUGGGAUACAUGGUCAUUGUGGGAUCCUCUACGCUCUCAUACUUUUAUCCCACUCUGGUCAAAGGGCUAGGAUAUUCCGGAUCCAUGGUGCAGUAUAUGACUAUCCCGAUCUAUGCAGCAGCAUUUGUUCUAAAUCUCAUCAUUGCAUACAUUUCCGAUAGGUAUCAAAACCUGCGACCAGUCUUGUUGACCGUACUAUUAUUUUGUUCGGGAGUGUUUUCACUGGUUGUCGUGCUGGUAUAUGGGUAUACAGAGCGUUAUGCUAUGCUGGUGCUCAUGGCCUCUUGUCUUUGGUCGGCGAAUGCCCUUGCGCUAUCGUAUUCUUCUAUCGGACUUUCUCACAAAGACUCUAAAACAAGAGGUGUUGGACUUGCACUUAUCAAUGCUUUUGGUAAUCUUGCUCAAAUUUACGGAUCAUAUCUGUUUCCCUCCGACGAUUCACCAAAAUACAUUAUGGGAUUCGGUGUCAUAACAGGGAUGUGCUUUUUUGGUUUCCUUACUUAUGGAUGCAUGGCGCUUUACCCCCAGUUAAUGAGGCUUUUGAAAGGUAAAGCUUUCGCUUCAGAAGAGCUUCAAAUUGAGAACCCCAUGUAA